AUGCCAUCCGUUGAUGAUUCCUCCUUCUCCCAAGACCGCAAUAGCACCAAUCAACAACCAGAACGUCAUGAUCUUCAUAACAUGCCGGAAGAAACCAACUCGGACCUUCCCAAAAUGUGGAACAUAGAGGACCCAUUCCAAUAUGCGCCUCCAAAACCAGACGGUGAUCCAUGGUCAAUUCUCCUUGAACCUCUGCUGAAGAGUGACAAGCUCCGUUGUGAUGCAUGGAAAGACGAGGUUCAGAAUUUGCUCAUUUUUGCUGGUCUGUUCUCUGCCGUGGUCACGACUUUUCUUGUGGAAUCCUAUAAGGACCUUCAGGCAGACCCAAAUGAUACUAUGAUUGCUUUGCUUGCACACAUCGCUGCCCGGCUUGACAAUGACACCAGCAUCAUCACUAGUACUUCCAUCUUUUCGGACAACACCUUUGUGCCUGCUACAUCGACAAUUCGGGUCAACGUUUUCUGGUUCAUCAGCCUCGUGCUUAGCCUCACGACGGUGCUCGUGGGCACCAUAUCUUUACAAUGGCUAAGGGAGCACCGGUCCUACUCAAACGUCUCCGACCCGCGCGAAAAGUAUGCGAUAUUUCACAUGAGGAAGGAGGGGCUAGAGAAAUGGCGGGUGGACAGGAUAUUUACAGUGAUGCCCCUUCUCCUACAGUCUGCUUUGGUUCUCUUUCUCGGAGGGCUGAUAGACUUUCUGCAUGCUUUCAGUCAACGCUGGUCGGUGGUCAUUCCUGUUGCCGCCGUGAUUGGAUUAUCUUUGCUAUUCCUCGUUACAACGACGAUCCUCCCGACUCUACAGACAAUGGCACUUUUUAUCAUCCCGUCCACAUCGCUCCACCCGCCUAGUCAGUGCCCCUUUAAAUCGCCACAAUCUCAUGCCGUGCGGCGGAUCUGCGCGCCUCUACUCAAGAUACCGUCCUAUUUGAGGCAAUCAUCUGUACUUGUCCCUAUUCGAUCACUGAUCUCUCGUCUUCAUCGUAUAUCUUUGAGUUCGGAAAUGAUUUCUAGCUACACAAUGGCCUCCAAAUUCCAGACUCAAGUGACCUAUACCGCAUGGUGUCGAACUUGGGUCAUGUUCGAUAAGGAUUGGGUGAUAAUUCGUGAUUUGUACAUGCGGCGUUCUUUGGAAAAUCGGUUCAAAGAAUACUAUUGGUUUAUGGAUACCAUGGGUUUUGGCCGCGACGAGCGAUUGCCACUUUUUGAUAUUGUCCACGGUCUUAAAUAUCAGCACUGGCGUGAAGAUGUUGUUGAUGCCGCCUAUCACUGUAUGUCAGAGGUUUCGCAACAUGCACUUCUACCACUGACGAACACUCUCCGGUUGUCUUCUCGGGCCCGCCUCUGUGAGAACAACUACCUGUACAACUUGUCAUCUAUUGGACACGACAGGGUCUCCAUAACAAGUUUCUUCGACACCGAUUCUGUCUUUGACCAUGUUGGAAAGGGGGAAUUGUCAUCCGCAAAGGCCUUAACUUGUAUACUUCAUCAACAAAACCUAGCAGCAUUCACGGAAUGGAGCGGCAGUAUUUUCCAACGUCAUCAAAAAGAGCUCGCCUUGCGUCUUUUUAGUUAUUUUUAUCAGAAACCGCACAAACUACAACUAUCACAUACAAAACGUCAGGUUCCCGUAUCCGUCUCCUUCAGAAAUUUCUCAUUCUACUACGUCUUUCAAGUUCCCUUGAGUGUAUCCUUCUUCAAUGUCUCAUCGUACCAUCUCGUGGCAGACCGAGAUAACGACUUUUGUGACAAGGACACCUUUGAAGCCUUCGCUUGGCAAUUUGCCAACCUCACCUUUUCCAUCUUCAGACAGGCUUGCGAAGAUUUCCAUCCUCAUUCUUUGGUCCACAACUCAUUUUCACAGGAACUUGGGCUUCCGCUUUAUUUUGAAGUAGCUGCAUAUAUCACCGCUCGGACAUUUUCGCCAUCCAUCUCCUUCUCCAUCGACAAUGAAAGUGAAUCCUCGGCAGUUUCUCUCGCCACAAAGCAGACAUUUCGUGACCUAUUUACCUAUAUUUCUUCAAUUUUAGACAUGGAGAUCUCGUCCUGGAAGGAUUCCCAACCAAAGCCAAGCUUGUUUUUCUACCUGGCUGCCUGCUAUACCCAACAGCUAGUUGGCCCUCUCUCCAAAGACGAAAACUUUAUCUCCCAUCGUGGCACCAUCCUCCAGUAUAAGGAACACACCAUCGAUGUAGGUCUUAUUGAUUCCAUUUUGGAGAGACGACUGUCUGGCCGACAGCAUGCCAGCGACAACCAUAUUCCGUACGAUGACGAGUAUAUAUGCGUCCCAUUUUCAUCCAGUUGGUGGGACACUUUUAAAGGAAAAACUCCAGAAGGUUUCAAUUAUAGUCCAGAACCCCCUGUUUUAUUUGAUGAUUGCCAACAAAUAAAUGUUGUCGAUUAA